GAGGAGGAGGAGGAGAAGAAGGCGGCGCGUUGUGCGGUUCCCUCACGGCUCGGGCGGCCUCGGCCUCAGCGGGCGCCCGCCUUCCUCCCGGGAGCGACGUUAAUGGGCGACGACGACGACGGCCCCGUCGUUGUCCGUGAGGGCGUCGACGGGAUGAGGGGGCCGCGGCGGGCGGGCCCGGUUGCCGAGCAGCGCUGCGGGGCGCUGUUGCCGUGGCGGUGAUUCCCCCCUCAUCGCCUCAUCGCCUCAUCGUCGUCGUCGUCGUCGUCCUCCUCAGGGCCCCGGAGCGUCGCGAAAAUGGCCGAGAACUUGCUGGACGGGCCGCCCAACCCCAAGCGGGCCAAACUCAACUCGCCCGGCUUCUCCGCCCCCGACAACACAGAUUUUGGAUCAUUCUUUGACUUGGAAAAUGAUCUCCCCGAUGAGCUCAUCCCCAACGGAGGAGAAUCAAGCCUCUUAAACAGCGGAAACCUCGUUCCGGAUGCAGCUUCCAAACAUAAACAGCUCUCCGAACUUCUGAGAGGAGGCAGUGGCUCUACUCUAAACCCAGGAAUAGGAAAUGUGAACUCCAACAGUCCCGUCCAACCAGGAAUGGGGAACCAAGGCCAAGGACAGCCGAACAGCGCUACCAUUGCCAAUCUGGGUGCCAUGGGCAAAAGCCCCCUGAACCAAGGAGAUUCUUCCGCAUCCAGCCUGCCAAAGCAGGCGGCUAGCACCUCUGGACCUACGCCACCGGCUUCCCAAGCACUGAACUCUCAAGCACAAAAGGGCUUGGUGACUAGCAGCCCUGCAGCAUCCCAGCCCGGACCUGGAAUCUGCAUGAACGCUGGUUUUAACCAGACCCACCAAGGCCUUCUCAACAGUAACUCGGCCCAUAAUUUAAUGGGUCAGCCCCAGCCAGGCCAGGGACAAGUGAUGAAUGGAUCUCUUGGGGCAGCUGGAAGAGGAAGGGGAGGCGGGAUGCAGUACCCGGCCCCUGCCAUGCACGGGAACGCGGGCAGUGUGCUGGCAGAGACUUUAACCCAAGUUUCGCCUCAAAUGACCAGUCACGGGGGACUAAACACAGCCCAGGCAGGAGCCAUGACAAAGAUGGGAAUGGCUGGUAACACAAGUCCAUUUGGGCAACCCUUUAGUCAAACUGGAGGGCAACAGAUGGGAGCCACUGGAGUCAACCCCCAAUUACCAAGCAAACCAGGCAUGGUGAACAGCUUGCCUCCCUUUCCUUCUGACAUCAAGAAUUCUUCGGUUACCAACGUGCCAAAUAUAUCUCAGAUGCAAACCCCGGUGCAACAGGUGGGAAUUGUACCAACACAGGCGAUGGCAACUGGACCUACUGCAGAUCCUGAGAAACGCAAACUGAUACAGCAGCAGCUGGUUCUACUGCUUCACGCUCAUAAGUGUCAGAGACGAGAACAAGCUAACGGAGAGGUGCGGGCCUGCUCUCUCCCGCACUGUCGAACAAUGAAGAACGUCCUGAAUCACAUGACGCACUGCCAGGCCGGGAAAGCUUGUCAAGUUGCCCACUGUGCAUCUUCUCGACAAAUCAUUUCCCACUGGAAGAACUGCACGCGACAUGACUGUCCUGUCUGCCUCCCUUUGAAAAAUGCCAGUGACAAACGAAAUCAACAACCCCUCCUUGGAUCUCCAGCUGGUGGAAUUCAGAAUACAAUUGGUUCGGUUAGUUCCGGCCAGCCCAAUACUACUACUUUAAGUAAUCCCAAUCCAAUCGAUCCCAGCUCCAUGCAACGGGCGUAUGCUGCUCUUGGCCUGCCGUACGGCAACCAGCCUCAGACACAGUUGCAGCCUCAGGUUCCUGGCCAGCAACCCACACAGCCACCACAGGCUCACCAGCAGAUGAGGACCAUCAAUGCAUUGGGAACUAACCAGAUGAACCUUCCAGCAGGAGGGCUAGCAGCAGACCAGCAGACGAAUUUGAUUUCAGAAACUGCUCUUCCAACUUCCCUUGGGGCAACAAACCAGUUAAUGAAUGAUGGUACAAAUCCUGGCAACGUUGGAAGCCUCAGCACCAUGCCUACAGCUGCACCUCCUUCUAGCACCGGAGUGAGGAAAGCGUGGCAUGAACAUGUCACUCAGGACUUGCGCAACCAUUUAGUGCAUAAACUUGUCCAAGCAAUUUUUCCAACUCCCGAUCCAGCAGCACUCAAAGAUCGCCGUAUGGAGAACCUAGUAGCUUAUGCCAGGAAAGUGGAAGGGGAUAUGUAUGAAUCUGCCAAUAGCAGGGACGAAUACUACCAUUUAUUAGCCGAGAAAAUCUACAAGAUACAAAAGGAGCUAGAAGAAAAGCGAAGGUCUCGUUUACAUAAACAAGGGAUCCUGGGGAACCAGUCGACCUUGCAGACCCCUGGGGCUCAGCCCCCGGCAAUCCCACAGGUGGCUGCUAGCCUAGGCCAGGCACAGCCCGUGAGACCUCCAAAUGGGCCCAUGUCGAUGCCAAAUGUGCCUAUGAACCGAAUGCAGGUUUCUCCAGGAAUCAAUCAUUUUAACCCACUGUCCAUAGGGAAUGUACAGAUGCCACAAGCACCCAUGGGACCCCGGGCAGCUUCUCCAAUGAACCACCCGGUCCAGAUGAACAACAUGGCUUCUGUUUCAGCGAUGGCAAUGUCUCCUUCCCGAAUGCCUCAACCACAGAACAUGAUGGGAGCUCAUUCCAAUAACAUGAUGGGUCAGGCUCCUACUCAGAACCAGUUCCUGCCUCAGAAUCAGUUCCCAGCAGCCAGUGGUGCUAUGAAUGUGAACAGUGUAGGCAUUGGUCAGUCAACAGCCCAGGCAGGAGUGUCACAGCAAGGACAGGUUCCCAGUGCUGCUCUUCCUAACUCACUGAAUAUGCUGGGGCCUCAGAGCGCUCAACUGCCUUGCCCCCCAGUGACUCAGUCUCCUCUGCAUCAGACGCCACCUCCCAUCUCCACCACGCCGGGCAUACCACCUAUCCAGCACCAGACCCCGCCUGGAAUGACGCCCCCUCAGCCCGCAGCGCCUACCCAGCCCUCGACUCCGGUGUCUUCUUCGGGACAAACUCCUACGCCAACACCGGGCUCGGUACCCAAUGCCACCCAGACCCAAAGCACACCCACGGUGCAGGCGGCCGCUCAGGCCCAAGUCACCCCUCAGCCUCAGACCCCGGUUCCAGCUCAGUCUGUGCCCACCCCACAGCCAGCUCCGCAACAGCCGACGUCGGUGCAGGCCCAGGCUCCUGGCACUCCGCUCUCCCAGGCCACAGCUAGUAUCGACAACCGGGUGCCUACUCCUGCCUCUGUGACCAGCGCUGAAACCAACUCCCAGCAGCCAGGCCCUGAUGCACCAAUGCUGGAAAUCAAACCAGAAAACAAAACUGAGGAUGCCGAACCCGAUCCUGCUGAAACCAAAGUAGAGCCUAGAACAGAGCUGGAAGAGGAUUUACAAAGAUCUUCCCAAGUCAAAGAAGAAACUGAUGUAACAGAGACAAAGCAGGAGCCAAUGGAAGUGGAAGAAAAGAAACCUGAAGUUAAAGUAGAACCUAAAGAGGAGGAGGAGAAUAGCACUAAUGGCACGACCUCCCAGUCUACGUCACCUUCUCAGCCUCGUAAAAAAAUCUUCAAACCAGAGGAGCUGCGCCAGGCUCUCAUGCCGACCCUGGAAGCAUUAUAUCGACAGGACCCGGAGUCUCUACCCUUCAGACAGCCCGUGGAUCCCCAACUUCUAGGAAUCCCUGAUUAUUUCGAUAUUGUGAAGAAUCCCAUGGACCUUUCCACCAUUAAACGGAAAUUGGAUACAGGGCAGUAUCAGGAGCCCUGGCAGUAUGUGGAUGAUGUUUGGUUAAUGUUUAACAAUGCCUGGCUUUAUAACCGCAAAACUUCCAGAGUCUAUAAGUUUUGCACUAAGCUCGCAGAAGUCUUUGAACAAGAAAUUGAUCCUGUUAUGCAGUCCCUGGGAUACUGCUGUGGACGCAAGUAUGAGUUUUCUCCACAGACCUUGUGCUGCUAUGGUAAGCAGCUAUGUACAAUUCCUCGUGAUGCUACCUACUACAGUUAUCAGAAUAGGUAUCAUUUCUGUGAGAAGUGUUUCACAGAGAUCCAGGGGGAGAAUGUUACCCUGGGCGACGACCCUUCACAGCCGCAGACGACUAUUUCGAAGGAUCAAUUUGAAAAGAAGAAAAAUGACACACUAGAUCCUGAGCCCUUUGUCGACUGCAAAGAGUGUGGUCGCAAGAUGCACCAGAUUUGUGUGUUGCAUUAUGAUAUCAUUUGGCCUUCAGGUUUUGUCUGUGACAAUUGCUUGAAGAAGACUGGUAGAAACCGCAAGGAAAAUAAAUUCAGUGCUAAGAGGCUACAAACCACCCGAUUGGGGAACCAUUUGGAAGAUCGAGUUAACAAAUUUUUGCGGCGACAGAAUCAUCCUGAAGCUGGAGAGGUUUUUGUCAGAGUAGUCGCCAGCUCUGAUAAAACGGUAGAAGUUAAACCUGGAAUGAAAUCCAGGUUUGUGGAUUCCGGUGAAAUGUCUGAGUCCUUCCCCUAUCGAACCAAAGCCCUCUUUGCUUUUGAGGAAAUUGAUGGGGUGGACGUGUGCUUCUUUGGAAUGCAUGUACAGGAAUAUGGCUCAGACUGUCCACCUCCAAACACAAGACGUGUGUACAUAUCAUAUCUGGAUAGUAUUCAUUUCUUCCGGCCACGUUGCCUUCGAACAGCUGUUUAUCAUGAAAUCCUUAUUGGAUACCUGGAAUAUGUGAAGAAAUUGGGGUACGUAACAGGACACAUAUGGGCCUGUCCCCCAAGUGAAGGAGAUGAUUACAUUUUCCAUUGCCACCCUCCUGAUCAGAAAAUCCCGAAACCGAAACGACUGCAAGAAUGGUACAAAAAGAUGCUGGACAAGGCAUUUGCUGAGCGAAUCAUUCAUGACUACAAGGACAUCUUCAAACAGGCAACUGAAGACAGGCUGACAAGUGCCAAGGAGCUGCCUUAUUUUGAAGGUGAUUUCUGGCCGAAUGUUCUGGAAGAGAGCAUUAAGGAGUUAGAACAGGAAGAAGAAGAGAGGAAGAAAGAAGAGAGUACAGCAGCUAGUGAAAUCACCGAGGGCAGCCAGGGUGAUAGCAAGAACGCCAAGAAAAAGAACAACAAGAAAACCAACAAGAAUAAAAGCAGCAUUAGCCGAGCCAACAAAAAGAAACCCAGCAUGCCCAAUGUGUCCAAUGACUUGUCUCAGAAGCUCUACGCCACCAUGGAGAAGCACAAAGAGGUCUUCUUCGUGAUUCACCUCCAUGCGGGGCCCGUGAUAAACACUCUGCCUCCCAUCGUGGACCCAGAUCCUUUACUCAGCUGCGAUUUAAUGGAUGGGCGGGAUGCCUUCCUUACUUUAGCCAGAGACAAGCACUGGGAGUUCUCCUCACUGCGCCGUUCUAAGUGGUCGACCCUCUGCAUGUUGGUAGAGCUCCACACUCAAGGGCAAGACCGAUUCGUCUACACCUGCAAUGAAUGCAAGCAUCAUGUGGAAACGAGGUGGCAUUGCACAGUCUGUGAGGAUUACGACCUUUGCAUCAACUGCUACAACACUAAGAGUCACGACCACAAGAUGGUGAAGUGGGGCCUGGGCCUGGACGACGAGAGCAACAGCCAAGGCGAGCAGCAGUCCAAGAGUCCCCAGGAGUCGCGGCGCCUGAGCAUUCAGCGGUGCAUCCAGUCCCUGGUCCACGCCUGCCAGUGUCGCAACGCCAACUGCUCCUUGCCGUCCUGCCAGAAGAUGAAACGGGUGGUCCAGCACACCAAGGGCUGCAAGCGCAAGACCAACGGCGGCUGCCCGGUGUGCAAACAGCUCAUCGCCCUCUGUUGCUACCACGCCAAACACUGCCAAGAGAACAAAUGCCCCGUGCCGUUCUGUCUGAACAUCAAACACAAGCUCCGCCACCAGCAGAUCCAGCACCGCCUGCAGCAGGCCCAGCUCAUGCGCCGACGGAUGGCCACCAUGAACACCCGCAAUGUGCCUCAGCAAAGUUUGCCUUCUCCUACCUCAGCGCCCCCCGGGACCCCGACCCAGCAGCCGAGCACCCCGCAGACCCCGCAGCCCCCGCCCCAGCCUCAGCCCUCGCCCGUGAGCAUGUCCCCGGCCGGCUUCCCCAGCGUGGCCAGAACUCAGCCCGCCGCCCCGGUGUCCGCGGGCAAGCCGACCCCCCAGGUGGCGGCCCCGGCCCCUCCGGCCCAGCCCCCGCCCGCGGCCGUGGAGGCGGCCCGGCAGAUCGAGCGGGAGGCGGCGCAACAGCAGCAGCAGCAGCAGCAGCAGCAGCAACAGCAGCAGCAGCAGCAGCAGAUCUACCGCGUCAACAGCAUCAAUAACGGGCUGCCCCCGGGGCGGCCCGGGACCAUGGUCAGCCAAGCCGUGGGGCCGGUCAACCCCAUGCAGCCCGUCGGCCUGAACGUCCCCCGGCCCGGCCCGGUCGCGGGCCCGGUGAUGUCCAACAUGGCCCCGGGCCAGUGGCAGCCGGCGCCGCUGGCCCAACAGCAGCAGCAGCAGCAGCAGCAGCAGCUGGCGGGAAUGCAGAGGCCCGUCAUGCCCCUGCCCGCGCAGCAGGCAGUGGCCGGGCCCAGGAUGCCGGCGGUGCAGCAGCAGCCCCCGCGGAGCAUCACCCCCAACGCCCUGCAGGACUUGCUGCGGACCCUGAAGUCCCCCAGCUCGCCGCAGCAGCAGCAGCAGGUCCUGAACAUCCUCAAGUCCAACCCUCAACUCAUGGCGGCUUUCAUAAAGCAGCGCACGGCCAAGUACGUGGCCAACCAGCCGGGGAUGCAGCCCCAGGCCGGCAUCCAGCCGCAGCCCGGGAUGCAGCAGCCCGGCGUCCACGCUCAGCCCGGUCUCCCGAACCUGGGCGCCAUGCAGGCGGGAGUGCAGAGACCCAGCGUCCCUCCUCAGCAGCAGGGCAUGGGAGGCAUGACUCCGCAGGGCCAGGCGAUAAACAUCAUGAACGCCGGCCACAGCCCCAGCAUGGCCAGCAUGAAUCCGCAGUACCGAGAGAUGUUUCGAAGACAGCUGCUACAGCAGCAGCAGCAGCAGCAGCAGCAGCAACAACAACAGCAGCAGCAGCAGCAGCAGCAAGGAGCUCCCGCAAUGGCCGCAGGGCUGGCCGGGCACAACCAGUUUCAGCAGCCCCAAGGCCCCGGCGGUUAUCCCCAAGCCAUGCAGCAGCAGAGGAUGCAGCAGCAGCAGCAGCAGCAGCAACAGCAGCAGCAGCAGCAACAGCAGCAGCAGCAGCAGCAGCACCUCGCCAUCCAGGGGGGCUCCCUGGGCCCGAUGGCUCAAAUGGGACAGAUGAGCCAGCUGGGCCAGGCGGGCCUGGGGGCGGACGGCGCCUCCAACAUCCAGCAGGCCCUGCAGCAGCGGAUCCUGCAGCAGCAACAGAUGAAGCAGCAGAUGGGGUCACCGGGGCAGCCCAAUCCCCUGAGCCCACAGCAGCACAUGCUCUCGGGACAACCACCGGCCUCCCACCUCCCCGGCCAGCAGAUCGCCACGUCGCUCAGCAGCCAGGUGCGGUCACCAGCCCCCGUUCAGUCUCCACGCCCCCAGUCCCAGCCGCCACAUUCCAGCCCGUCACCGAGGAUCCAGCCCCAGCCGUCGCCGCAUCACGUCUCACCCCAGACUGGUUCCCCCCAUCCGGGACUCGCAGUUACCAUGGCCAGCUCCAUGGAUCAGGGACAUUUGGGCAAUCCGGAACAGAGUGCAAUGCUUCCACAACUGAACCCCCCGAACAGGAGUGCGUUGGCCAGUGAGUUGUCUCUGGUCGGUGACACCACGGGGGACACGCUAGAAAAAUUUGUGGAGGGUUUGUAGCAUUGUGGGAGCAUCGCUUUUUUUUUUUCCUUCCUUCGUUUUGUCUUUUUUUUUCCUCCUCCCCCUUCCCCUUUCACGCUCUUGGACGUUUUGUACUGAAAAUCCAGACGUCGAAGUGGUUUCGAAUCCUGAAUGGACCUGUUCCUUCCCACACAUGGAAGAAUGAAUUGCUGUUUAAAGAAACAAUACAAAGAAUAUAUUUUUUUGUUAAAACCAGUCUCUGGUUAUCUGGUCUCCUUUUCUGGUUUUGUUUUAUUUUUUUUGUUUGUUUGUGUUUUUUUUU